AAACAAACACGAAAAGACGGUAAUUUUCUACAAGCUACCAGUGAGACCACAAAAGCUAGAUACCAGAAGUACCAAACAAGUGUAAGAUUGUGCAUCCCAAUUAGCACUAGAAAUUUGAAAACGGUAUAUGAGUAUGGUACUACAGGCACUGCUUGCUCCUAUGCUUUUCCAUUCACGACACUAAUUUCGAAUACAAAGAACAAAGCCUCCGACCGUUUUUUUUGUCUUCGACGGUACUACUACUUUGGGAAACAAGCAAAAGUCGACGUGCUUCUUGUUGAUUAAUCAUCUCUAGCAUGAACGACGAUUUUUGUUUCCCAAGUAUACCAUUUUCGAGGCCGAUUUUCCGUUUUUUUCCAAACGAUAAAGGCAAGCUGCAUUCCGAUGCGGCUUGGCGUCUUUGAGACUGUACUUUUUACUAUAUAGCACUUUGGUUCUUGUAGUAGUUCUUUCCAAGUUAUUUUUUCUACGAUCUUCAUUUUCCACGUCCAGCGCAAAGACAAGGGAGCAAAGCCAGUAUACUAUAGUAUUCAACAGAAAGAGAAAUAGAACCGGCGCUACGAGUACGGAGAUUUUUUCCGGCUUACAGCCAGAAGCAUGAUGGUGUAAACACUAUCGCUAUCUGCUACUUUGCUUUGGUGCGGAGUAGGUAGAGCAGUAAGUACAGGAAAAACUACAACUGUCACUGGCCGACGACGCCGAGGUAAACAAAGGACCAUGAAAAGGUUCGCGUGCACAGCACCUCUCUACUGUCGGGCGCUUGUUUUUGUUUUUACUAUUCUUCUACCAGCUCUUCACUUUGUUUCUCCUGACUUUUGCUUCCCAUCGCAUAGCACUGCCGAAUUUCUACUAGAAUUUCCAAUUUUGGCGCGUUUACUACGUCGAUUUGGCCUUGCAGCACUUGACUUGAAAGAAAACUAUGCAUAAUAUGGGUAAUAGCUAAUAAGCACUGUCAGAGGCAAAGCUGCGCAGGACAUUCAUUUCACGCAUGGUGCUACUUACAACGACUUACAUACGUGACUUUUACUAAAGAAAAAGAUGUCAGAGCAAAGGACUGCUUGCUCCUGCUAUCAGUAGAUACUUGUCAGUAUUCAUCAGUACGCAACAUGGCACAAAUCGCGCAGACUGUACUUACACCUCGCCAGGAGGAGAAGUGUCAGUCCAUUGCAAGAACAGCCGCGGAAGAUACUCUCAAGAGCUACAAGCAGUUAUGCAGGAGCUGUUUCCCAAUCCUAAGAUAGUACUUUCAAGAACUACGUCGAAGCAGUUUAAUGCAGAAGCUGUUUCCUAAUCCUUUUGCAAGACCAAGAAAAUGAAUGCAAUCAAACCGCAUUAUCGAAAUCAAUCUUUCAUCUUCACACUAGUAGCUCCAAGUAGAGUCUACUUAAAAACCCACUACUAAACCAACGUUACGGCGAAACAAGAAAUAGCGGAACCUUUUACGUACUACUCUUUCACAACAGCAGUUCUACUGCGUCGCGCAGCUGCACUUAUUUUGGAACCAUCUAGCUUUCUGUCAAAACGAGAGAAAGUAGCAGUGGGUGCAGCUCGGGGUCAGGGCAGUCUGUCCCUGCUUGUACUAGCGCAUGACCACGACCAUGAGUUGGUUUGACAUCCGCCACAUGUUGAAGCGGUCCGGUUGUAUUCAGGUCUUCAAGUAGAUCUGUCACAAUACAGAGCAGGGCCGAAAUGAGUAAAAAAUGCAAGGAUCUUCAUCGGCUGAGUAUGAAUAGAUUUUGGUGCGGCUCGAGCCUUGCAGUUACGUUGACAAACCGUUUCGCUUUUUUUUUUACCUCAGAGCACUUUUUUAUAGACAUUCAGGCGGUGGUGCGACGUGGCACGAGAACGGGAAAAAGUUGUAGAUGCGCAGUAGUUGUUUUGCAGUGGUACGCAAAAAUAGCCGCUGAAAAAGAAACUAGUGAAUCAAAAUGUACUUCCUCGUCAAGUUGAGCUGAAACAAAUUUUCCGACCACAUCAAGUUGCC